AUGGCUGAGGAAGAUGGUCCAGCGCCCACGCGGCACGAGGCCAUCCUCCGCAGCUUGGGCGUUCUGGGCGAGGCCCACUUGGACCAUCCGGUGCUCCAGCGCGCCGUGGGGUCCAAAUUCCUGCCGCAGCGGCUGCGUGAGCGCUGGCAAGCUCUUGGCAUUGGAAACGAUCAAGCGAGAAAUGCCUCCGCUGCGGAAGACUCUGCAGAGACGCGAAAGAGGCUCCGAAUGGAAGCAAUGCGACAGCGCCAGCAGGCUCUGAUGCGGCGCAUGCAGCAACAGCAGAGCCAAGCCGUGGCUGCAAUGGAGGCCGGACAAGGUGCUCUCGACGAGGAAAACGAAGUGGAGGACUCCGAUGCUUUGUGGCAGUGCGCCACGUGCCGGGAGGCCGGGACUCCAGAGAACCCACUUGCUAUGCUGGCCGCGGUCGUGCCAUGGCAAGCCAAGUCUAGCUCUCGAGGCGCCCUUCCAGGCUACGCUCGCUUCACGUCCUGCCGACAUCUGGUACACGUGGGCUGUGGAGAGGCGCACGCUCAGGAUGUCAGAAACCAGGCAGGUAGAUCGCAUUUCUUCUUCGUUGAUGCCGCUGGCGGGGAGUUCCCCUGCCCCAUGUGUCGAUCUGUGGCGAACUGCUUGCUCCCCUGUAUUCCAGACAAGGAGUUCCUCUCCAGCGACAGCCAGGCAUCCUGGCAACCAGAGGCCGCACAGGUUGCCCCCAGCCGGUUGCGACCACCGCCGGAGAGCCUGCGCUCUGCUCUGCAGCGCUGCGCGCGGCGCGCGCUGAGGGCAGAAGCCACACAGGCACCCGCCGAAAACGGGGACGAUGAAACCGUCGAUGCAGGUGCCCUCUCCAUCCCCUUGCUACGAGGGGCCGCUGCAGAGCUGCGGGCCGCUGCAGCGCUGUUCCCGCUGCAGCUCAUGGACGAGGGCCCCCCUGCGCCACUCUAUGCUGUGCUGCUGCGCUCGGCGGCGCUGCUGAGGUCCAAAGCGCCUGCGGAAGUGCCGAAGCUUGAGGAGCCUGGCUGGCAGUCCAAGGUUCUCGCUUGGUUAGCUCAGCCAAGAUCACCAUGGUUGGCGGACUUGAAGGUGAAAGAUACCUUCUCCCCAGUCCUGGAGCUUUCCUAUCCCGGUGCAUUUUCCCUUGACAAGAAGUACACAGGUCCUGCAGAUGUCCCCUGCAAGCAUUCCAUCAUAGUGCUUGGUGAGGAAGCUCAGGCCGUGCAAGUUCAAGGAGAUGAGCAGACUCCGUGCAAAGUCGUCUUCUUUGCAGUGGACCCCUCAAUGCUGCAGUUGGACAGCAUCGGGUGCGAACGCUUCAGUUCUACGCCGGACGUGAUGAAAGCCAUCGCAGCGUUCCAAGAAACGUGUGACGCGUGUUUCGCCCCCGCUCUUCGAUGCGAGGUACCGCAACGCAUUCUGGAGCUGCGGCUUUCGCCAGUCAGCCGACGCUUUCUGUGGAACAGUGUUGUGAUCGUUCCCGACUUCUUGUCGCGGGAGGAGUGCCACAUCUUUAUGGAUGCUGCUGACAGAGCUGCUGCUGUUGGUACAAGCGCUGGUAACUUCUAUGCGUAUCAGGGCAACAUGAAUCGAUAUCCACUCCGAAAGCUCGAUCUGGAAGCCCAGAUGCUUUCCAGUUCUGUCUUCAAAGAACGACUGGUCCCGCUUCUGGAGUGCGAGUUGCCCGACGUGGUAGAGGAGCUCUUCGGACGCAGCGAGCGUCUCAGUGAGCUUCAGCCCUUCUUCUCACCGGGCGAACCGGCAGUGAACCGGUACAUGACUGGGGGUGGCAUCGCACCUCACAUCGACAGAGAGGCGAUGACGCUGAAUGUGGUCCUCUCGGAACCUGGAGCCUUCACCGGCGGCGGCACCGCCUUCUGGUCCCAGGUUGACGGCGAGAAAGGUGAGGCAGGGAACUUGCCUCGCAAGCUGCUUCCAUGGCAUGAUGUAAGUUGUUUUAGGGUUUAG